UCCAGCGCGCGGCCAUGGCAUUCGUGCUCGUCGACCACGACGGCUCCAGCACCGGCAGCGAAGCCGCGGCCGCCGACAACGUCACCGCCGUCGACCUCCCGCCCCGCUCCGCCAGCGGCGGCCACUACCGCCCCGCCGCGGCAGCGGCCGGCGCCGGGGCGCUGCACUGGCUCCCCUUCGCCGCAGCGGUCUCCGCCGUGCGCGCCCUGCUGGGCGCGUCCCACGAGGACCUCCGCCUCCGCGCGCACCAGCUGUCCCGCGCGCUGAGCGGCGCGUUCUUCGUCGGCGCGGCGGCGGGGGCCCCCUUCGACGGGGGCGGGGCGCGGUUCCCGGAGGGCGGCCUCUACGUCUGCCCCGACCUCCCGCCGCUCGCGCCGGCGGUGCGGGCCGUCCAGCGGGCGCUGAUGCACGUCGCCGUGAAGGAGGCCAGCCACGCCGCGUGCGACUGCUUCUACGACGUCGUCCGCAACGUCAUGUGGCAGCUGGUCGGCGACGCCCCGGACGGCCGCGGCCCCGCGGUAUUCGGCCGCGACAAAUUCGAGACGGCCUUCGCGCUCGAGUGGGUGGAGUGAUCGUUUACCGUUGUUGCCUGUCGUAGUGGUUUCCGUCAGAUUUUGGUGUUAAGACUGUCGUGAUUUCGUCCUAUCCGGUCCAGAAGUGUCAUAUGCCUGGUUCAGAAAGUACUUGAGAGUUGCUUCUACUAUUGAUUGGAUGAUGGCUCGGUGGCUCCUAAUGAAGUUGGAUGAAAAAAAACCCUCUUGAUUAGUUUUCGUUUCUUUUUCUUUCUUUUAUUGGAACAGUUUAAAGAUCGAAAGCUGGUCCUUAAUAUUUGCAUCUGGGUUGUGCAACUCCAGGCUUUAGUUAGGUUUCAGAGAGUCCCUGCUCUGCAAGUUCAGGAUGUCAAGUGAACUCAUGUUCAGAGUCAGCUGACCAUGUUCAGAUUGAUUCAUCUUGAUGAUUCAAGUCCGUGCAUUGCCCUAAGCCCCUAAAACUGAUCUCCCGUACUAAUUCUUGAGGCGGCCUUCGCACCAGUGGGCGGAAAUGACCUGAUCAUUGCUCCGGGAAGGGAUUCUGUGGCCGUUUGUCUUCGCAACCGUUGUUGUAGUUUGCUGCAAAUGUCCGUGCUGUCGCGCCAGAUUUGUGGUUAAGCUUUUGAUGAUUUCGUCCUAAUUGAUUGAUGCAGCAGCUCUAA